UGCGAUCUUCAAAGGACGUCGAUUGGACCGAGUGCUGCAUGAGCGCGCUGCCCCCGACGUCCUGUGUAUCCUCCCCGCCCAAGCCGUCGAUGCUGCGCGAUUACGUGGCGCUCGCAUUGCCCGAGGUGGCCAAGUCAUCGCCAUAUGCAGCCCGCUACAAGCGCAAGCUCAAGAAACCACCAGCGGUCUUGGCCCCACUGCGCAAGCAUAGCGCCACGCACGCCAUCGCCGUCGCCGAGAGCCGCGUUGUCAAAGCCAUUUUAUCACGCGCCGACCUAGUGCAAGAGAUGCGUCUUCUCUGUCGCGAGGCGUCAAAGGUCGACCGACCGACCGCCACCAGCGAGUUGGCGAGACGCCUCGGUGACGCAACCAACACUGCCGUGCUCACGCUUCUCGAAUGGCGCGCGGCCAAACGCGAGACGGCGGCGCACGCCAGAGCCCCCGCAACACCGAGCUUUCGAUGGCAGGGCGCGCCGUACCUAACCCUUCUAGCCCGUGAAACCUUGGACGUCCACGCGCUUCUCAACAUAUCGACGCCACCCAACCCAUUUUUUGUAUCGUGCGAGCUCGAGGCCGUGGCCGGUUGCUACAAAGCGGCGGCUGACAGUCUCUUGCAAGACGCGGACUUUCUAUUGGGCUGGCAGCCGCCGUGUACAAAG